GACGGCGGCCGGGCGUCCCUCCGUCGCGGCUUGGAGGCGUGGCUUUGACGGUGGAUCUUGAACGGACGCCUCGGGACGACGUGUGUGUGGCCAUGGCGCCGAUCAUGCAGCGAUGUGACCUCCUCUACCUUUGGUUGUUUUCAUCGUUGGUCCAAAGGUAUCUGGAUGGUGGGUGCUCAAGUUGAGGAGGAGAUGGUGGCCUAGCUGCUGAAGUGGGUGAGGAUGCCACCAUCGACGGCGGCACCCGUGGGUGUCAUUUUCCUCGUUGGAGGUGAUGGUGAGGGCAUCCCUCGCUCCAUUGUUUCCGGGGGAGACCUCAAAUCUGGGGGAGGCCACCAUUGACGGCGGCGCCCAUGGGUGUCUAGCCCUCGUUCGAGCCGUUGAAGGGGCCUCUUGGAACGGAUGAUGGUGACGUCUUCGUCGUCACCCCCAUGGGGGCAUCAUCUUUGGAGACAUUCAUCGGCUGGACGGACAUGUGGACGGCUUGGUGGUAGGGCGUCGGUCUCCCCGUGAUUGUCGUGUGGGGACCACAAUGGGGCGGCAUGGCAUCUACCAUCUACGAGGACGAGUCUCAGCGGCAUGGUGUAGCGGGGUCUCGACGACGGACGCGGGAUGAUGAACGCGCGCAGGACGGUGGCGUCGUCCGGCGUCAUGGUGGCGUUGUUGGCAGGCCUCGCAAGGUCAUUAUAUUCAUUUCUCCUGAAGAUGGGUAUGCGGAAGACGGCGGCGGCGAAGACUUCUGGAGCAUGUAUGCUGGUACGUGCUAAGGGUCAGCCGGACCGGUUGUGUCACUUGCUCGCUGCUGGGCGACUUGUCGAGGCCUUCGGUUUUUAGAUGAUCCACGUUGGUGUGAUGUCAGGGUGUUGGCCUUGUUCAUCGACUCCCCCCUUCAUCAGUGUUGUAGGAUUAGCGAGUUGUCGCUAGUUUUGGUGGCUUCGGCCUGAUCUUUGUAAUUGCUCUUGUAAGGUGUUGUGAAUAAUCUAAUAAAAAGGAUGUGUGCAUCUUUUGGAUGCAGAGGCCGGGGUGAUCUUCCCCCAUUUCGAAAACAAAAAGUAGAGAAGCCCAUAACCCAAUAACUCAUGUACGGUUGGCUGUGGCCGAGUAUUAGUAUUUUGUAUCCAUUCUAAAAAAAAGUAUUUUGUAUCCCUACAAAAAAGAGUAUUAGUAUUUUGUCACAGGUCAGUGUCUAAUCCAUCAGAUCGAUCGAUUGAUAUAUAAACCAAUGUACGUGCGUGUGCUGCACUUCUGCUAGGGCGUUCGCCGCCGCUGCCGCUGCUUUGCCAGUGUGUCCCGCUAGGGGCUAGGGCGUUUGCCAUUGCCGUUGGCCUCUACUCGCCACGACAACAACAACGUUCAUCUAUCUACAGUCCACCGUCGACUCACGGGGACGGUUAGGCACAGGCGGAUCAAAUAUGGGUAGAUGCAGGGUGAGCAGGACAGAUGCACAGAUGCAGGUUCUCUUCAUAGCACAGAGAGGCAACAUCAGGAAUAGAGGAACGACCACACUACUUUGCUGCUUGAACUGAGGUGAGCGAUCGAGUCGUCGUUCUGAUUGCCGGGAGAGGUACUGAUCGAUAUGUCUGCGGGGGAGGGAAGGAAGACGGCGUGCGUCACCGGAGGGAGCGGCUACAUCGCUGCAGCACUGAUCAAGCUGCUGCUCCAGAAAGGCUACGCUGUCAAGACGACAGUCCGAGACCCCGAGGACAUGGAAAAGAACUCCCACCUCAAGGAUCUACAAGCGCUUGGCCCCUUGGAGAUCAUCGGUGCCCAACUGGACAUAGAAGGUAGCUUCGACAAAGCGGUUUCUGGCUGCGACUACGCCUUCCUUGUCGCUGCUCCGAUGAACCUCGAGGCAGCAGAUCUUGAGAAGGAUGUGAUCGAAGCAGCUGUCCAAGGAACUCUCAACGUAAUGAGAUCGUGCGUGAGAGCCGGAACGGUGAAACGGGUUAUCCUGACUUCAUCGGACGCCGCGGUGUCCAGGAGGCCAUUGCACGGUGACGGACACGUGCUGGACGAGGGCUCCUGGUCCGACAUUGAGUACCUCAGAGCAGACAAGCCACCAAUUUGGGCGUACGCGGUCUCCAAGGUGCUUGUGGAGAAGGCUGCGAGUGAAUUCGCGAAUGAGAACGACAUCAGCCUCGUCACUGUGUUGCCCGUGUUCACCUUGGGCGCGGCGCCGGUCUCCAAGGCCAGAACCAGCGUCCCCAUCACCCUAUCCCUGUUGUCCGGUGACGAGACAUAUCUGAACAUGCUGAUAGGCCUGCAGUUGGUCACCGACUCUAUGUCCAUAUGCCAUGUCGACGACCUAUGUCGCGCCAAGGUGUUCGUCGCUGAGAAUGAGUCCUCCUCGGGCAGGUACAUUUGCUGUAGUCACAACACUACAGUCUUGCAGCUAGCCCGUUUCUUGGCCGAGAAGUACCCACAAUACAACGUGCAACCAGAACGCUUUGAUGGGUCCCCGGAGAAGCCGAAAGUAUGUCUGUCGUCUGAGAAGCUCAUCGAGGAAGGGUUCGUGUUCAAGUACAAUGACAUGAAUGAGAUCUUCAAUGACCUUGUCGAGUAUGGCAGGGCCACGGGGAUUCUUCCCUACUGAUACGUACACUAGUUCUUAUCAAUAUGUGAUCAGAACAAAACAAUGAUGUCUCAAAUAAGCAAAAGGUCCCGUGCUUGUAUUUUGAUAAAACUAGAUGAUACCCCACGCGUUGCAGCGGAGAUUUGUUACAAUAUUUUUGAUGAU